UUUACCAAUAACACGUUUUUAAUGAAAUGGUUGUUUUGCAUUUUUAUUUUACAGACAAAAUGACAGGAAUAGUUCUUCCUGGAGUUUCUUUUCCCAUUCCAGGAGCUCCGUCUUUAUACUUGAGCAAGUAUCAACCUCACGAGUCCUCUGACUCCAACCCGACACCGAAUCCUCCAAUCCGUCCUCAACACGGAGAUCAUAAACCACUCAAUCCUCGGAGCAACAAAAGAUCUUGCUUUCUCUGCCGGGAAAAAACUGAUCAAACCGUUAAUCUGAACUUAAGAGAGAAUGUAAGCUGUAGGCUCACCCUUGAGCUUGUUUUCGAACGAAAACUUGAAACUAAGACCGUGUGCCAUUCAUGCCUACGUAGGUUUGAAAGCCUGUGGUCUCCUAUCGUUGAAUUUAAGAAAACUGUCCCAGAAUUCGAUAAGACCGGAUUGAAUUCUGAUCAAUUUGCCGAGAAGGAUCUCUCUUGUGUUCUCUGUGGAGCAGCUCCAAACCGGAAGUCGAUGAACGGAUGUGCUCUGCUCUCCGACCGACCGGAUAUAGUCUCUUAUUUAUCGUCCCAGCUCGGAGACUCGCUAAACCUGGAGGUUUAUAGUAAAAUUAUCUGUUUUGACUGCUUCAGGUUGGUUGAGAAGAGUAUAUGGAUGGAUGAGGAGCUAAGGAGUCUGGAGAUUAAAAUCAACUCAACCUUCUCCGAGUCUAGAGUUAAACUGGAGAAGGAUAUCCUGGUUAAAUCUCAAGAUCGGAGUAUUGAUCUUAACAAUCUCUUCAUCCAAGUUCAAUCAAUUUCUCUUAAAGAUAAUAUCGUAAACUUGAGAACUCUCCGGAGUAAACCUAUCCCUCCCGGAGCAGGGUUAUCUCUCCAGGUCAUCACGGAGCUCUGCUCCACCAAACCUGGUCUUGAAACCCUGGAGCUGUAUACUCAGGAUGACAAGUUUUUGUAUCUAUCCCUUAGCUCACUUCAAGGUUCAGGGUUCACUUUUCAUCUAGACAAUUCAAACCUGAUCGUUAACCUAAGAGAUGAAGCUGAAGCGCUGGAUGGAAAGUAUCAUUGCAACAAUUGUGAUUUUAGAUCUAGAUAUUUCCAUAUACUCCUGGUCCACCUUAAAACCUACCUACCGGAGACUGCUGAGGACAACCAGGAUGUAGCUUCUAUAAAACUGUACAAGUGCCCGGCCUGCGGGGAGAGGUUCAAUAGAAAAUCUUUAUUUAAAACUCAUAGUUUACUCUGCAAAUCCCUGGCCCCUUCUGGGUUUAAUAUCGAAUGUACGGAAUGCGGGAAAACGUUCAAAUCUCAGGAGUCAUUGCAUGUUCACGUGGCAAAGGUUCAUAACGGAUCAGCUGCCCCCUGGAAAUGCCCCAUUUGUGAGAAAGGAUUUACAAGGAAAGCGAGCUAUGAAGAGCACAUUGCAAGGCAUACAGGCAUUAAGGAUAAAUUUUGUGACAUCUGUGAUAAGUAUUAUUUUGAGACGGCUUACUGGAGGCACAUGAAGUUGGUUCAUCCCUUGGAGAAAAAUCUCCGUUUCUCAUGUCAAAUCUGCAACAAAACCUUCUCCCAGAAGUUUAAACUGAACCAGCAUCUGCCGGUCCACAUGACGGAGACGGAGAAACCGUUCAGCUGUAGCGUGGCGGAGUGCGGUAAGAAGUUUGGAAGUUCUCUGAGAUUAAGAAAGCACGAGAAGCAUAUGCACGAGGAGAAGGCUGUCACAGGGUCCUUGGUGUGUGGAGAAUGCGGAGCAACUUACAGUAAUUACAGUUCAAUGUGUGGACACAUAAAGCGUGUUCAUAAUCUGUCUCUACCCCGUCCCCUGCCCUGCCCACUGUGCCCUCAAACCUUCUCAACCUCUGCAGCAUUGAAUAAACAUAAAACAAUUCAUCAUCAACCAGAGAGGAUUUAUUUUUGCGGAUUUACUGAUUGUAAGAUAGCGUUUUCAGUGCUCACGGAUUUACAUCGUCACCAGGAGAAUUGUCAUAUUAGUAGAAACCAGAACCUGGAGGUAGGGGAGGAGGAGGGGAUCAUCUUCAGGGGGGAGUUCACGGUAGCUGAACCCGAGGACGGACGUGUUAACUGUGUCGAGGGCGAGGUUGAGAUUGAGGAUGGAGGGAGUAAAUCUGUUGAGCUUGAACUUCGUCCUCCUUCUCAGCACAGUUUUCAGUCCUCAGAUGAACCUCAAGAUUUGAAAAAUCCCCCAGCGCCCUCCUUGGAACCAGAGCUUCUUCUGAACCCGGAGCUAAGCACUCCGAUGGAGAACAUCUCUUUAACAGAAUAUCCCCAGGAUACCUCAGCUCCUAUGUUACUACAGCUUAUCAAUAAACCGGAGCAGGACGGGUUGGGUUUAGAAAACUGUUCUCCGGAUAUGUUUAUCCUAACAGAGUUUGAGUACGGUAUUAAUGAGGAGACAGGAUCCCGAUGUGAAUCUUGUCUCACGGGAUUCCCGGACAAUAAGGAACUUUUAAACCAUUUAAAAACUUGUAAAUCCGUUCUCAAUUUCAAGUGCUCCACUUGUAGACGAGAGUUUCCUACGGAAGCUCGGUUAGAAAAACACGUCAAAAUCCACCAAUCGGAGAAGAAGUUUAUCUGUCCUUUGUGUGAAAAAUCCUUCUCAACCGGGAAGAUUUUGAGACGUCACUCCCGCGUGCAUACAGGAGAGAAACCGUACGAAUGUGAAUAUUGUCAGAAAAAGUUUGGAUCCGGAUCCAACCUGAGUGAGCAUAGAACUCUUCACACUGGACGCAUGGCUUACUCCUGCCAGCUGUGCGGAGGGAAGUAUAGGCUGUGGUCCACCUACAACAAGCAUAGGAUGAAGUGCGAGGGAAAGGUCGGAGAGGAGAGUGGAAACCAGGAUCCAGUUUCUCAUUUCAUCCUGAUGAACGAGAAUGUGGGGAGGAUUAAGAUGGACAUGGAACAAGCAUAAUCUCUCAUAUAUUGCAUAUAUUUAAACCUGUGAUAAAUAAUGUACCUAAAAAAAUUAGAAGAAUAUUUUUAUUUUCAGA